ACAUUGACUUCUGUCAUAAAUCAUGCUGCGUCUUUAUGUUACCUGACAAAUAUCAAUGUUCAGCGAUGUUUAUGUACUGCUUUCUGUGAUUAUAUACAUGACACUUAUGGAUUUGGGGCUCGACGGCAGAAAGCUCAACAUUUUCAGAGUGGGCAACCGUUGACGAUGAGAACGUAAAACACAAAUUACCACACACACACGCGCGCGCUCGCACACGCAUUAAGCGUGCUGCAGCUUUAUGCAUACGCUCUAGAGCGCAGGAGACGGUCACGAGGGGUUGGCAGUUUCAUGAACGGUUCUGUUUGAAAUACUACUUGGUCCCGGUCCAUCGCGGGUAUUUAUUUUCUAACAUGGACUGGAAAAGGGUGUCUACCGAGGAACCUUUCUUCUACUCGCCCCAGACUCAGCACCAGGGAUGGAUUCAAGUGUCAGACAUGGCAAGGUCAUCAGGUCACUGGGUGUCCUGUGGUCAUCCGUGUUCAGAACGAGCCGUGUGGAAUCAAAAGUACUGCGUUGUCACAGAUUGCCAGAUGCUGCUGCUCGACAAAGAGGAGGUCCAUCCCUUGCUCCUGCAGGACAGACGGACGGACCCCUCUAAGGUCCGCCUACUGCGUCGCACCAUUAGUGUUCCCGUGGAAACACAGUUUCCAGAGUUCCACAGUCAGCUGUCCACAGAGAGCGUGAGAGCACUGGGGUGAGGAUGCUGGCUCAUCACCGUCUCAGCUGUCUCAUCACCAUCUCAGCAUUAGUUUAGUUAUGUCUCCAAUACUUUACCUCUAUCAGAUGUCUCUCUCCUUCUUUUGAACUCUCUCUCUAAAGUCUACCUCUUUAGGUCCCUAGGGUUGGGGUCUCUAACAUCUCUCCCUGUCUCCAUCCCCAUCUCUCUCUCUAUAUCUAUCUAUCUAUCUAUCUGUAUCUCUACAAUCCUUAUGCCUGCUCAGUAAAAUGUCAAUGCAGUUAGAGUGUAUGUGUCUGUCUGUGUGUAUGUGUGUGUGUGUGUGUAUCUGUGUGUGUCGUUGUAUCUGAAAGAGAUUGUCCCAGCAGACUGUGAUGUUCCUUUGAGGUCAGAGGUGUGGAUUUGCCAAGUGUCAGGGGAUAGAAGCACUUUAUUA